CAUCUCUCAGCGCAGCUGGCGCUCUUCGUGUGUGUGUCUACCGUAAUAGUAAGGUGACGUUGGGUAGGUACAUAGCUGCUCUGUCUGCUGCCUGCAUUGCACAGCUGCUUACCGCAUGACGCCCGUUGCCCUUGGAGAAUGGCCAUGCGGACGUACUUGGUGUCCUACGCUGUUGCGAUGGGUUCCUUGCUGGCGGGCGCUGCUGUGGUGCACAACGUGUACCGCCCAGACCUGACAAUCCCUGGCUACUCUGAGGAAUCUGAGGCUGAGGGUCAACCACCAGCACUGGGCCCAGCACCAGGAAAUAGCGCUACGGGAGACAGGGUCCCCGAUGCCCCGCUGCCAACCUCAGCUACAGCAGCUAAGGCAGGGCCGUAGGCUCACUACACAUGGGCUUAGUCCAGCAUUCCCCCGUACUCGGGAGGACCUUUGUAAAGAUUUGAGUAUUUUAGUCUUUGCCCUCACCCUGUAGUUCGCAAAGCAGCUCAUGAUCACUCUGGCCCCAUGGGCGUCAGCAGGGGGUGGCUUCUCGGAGCCGCUGUCACAGGGGGGUUGGGCUGGCUGGGCGUCUCCAGAUGGGCAGGCACAGAGCCGGGGUUGCUGGAGACGUGGGCGGCAAUUGCCAGCAUUAGCCUCUCCACCGGCUUCCUUGCCUGGCGGUUCGCCCAGCCACCGCCCACAGCAUCAUCUUUUGAAGACGACAUACCAGACAGCCCGAUCUACACCAUAGUCUCGGGGGCGCGCACGCUAGCCCCCCUUCUCAAGUACACGUCCCUGCCGUUCACAACUAGUCUGGCAAACAUCCAAGCACAGCUAGAGUCAGCGGUGGGGCAGGCUGAUGCAGAGGAGCUGAACCGCGUGUUUGCUGGGGGUGUGGACAGGGUAGCUGAGCUGCUGGGGCUGCUGAAUGCGGCCACACUGGAGACCCUAGGUAGCCACGACGGGCGGCUGCGCGACCUCACCGUCCCAAGCAGGGCGGCCCUCAUUGCGGCGUGCCAGUCUUCGGGCCUGGUUUUCCGCGCCCCGUACGCUGCGCUGGUGCGCGCCCUGCUGCUGGCCUCUGGCGGGGCGGACCUGGCGCUGCUGAAGCGGCUGCUGGACGAGGGGGGCACUGUGCACAAUCUGCACAAGCUGAUAUACGCUGACCUGCCGUCCCCCGAUCGGUCGCCCCUACUCGCGCACAUCCAGCGGGAAGCGCAGGCGGCCGUUGCCGUGGGCGGGGGCGCCGCGUUGGGCAUGAAGGUGGUGUGCGACCUGGACGACACGCUCUACUGCAGCCACGCCAAAAACCUGUCCGGCAUCGAUACGCGUUUCCCACAAUUCUGCCCGUACCCAGGCGUGUUCGCCCUUCUGGAGGAGCUGGCCCACGCCCACAGCGAAACGGCCGUUCCAGGCAGCUCGGAAGGAGGCACUGCCGCACUAGCUGACGAGCCGCCCCCGGGCCUGCCCGGCGUGGCCUUUUUGUGGGCGCGGCCCCAUGCGUACAGCGAUUGGGUGGAGGCGGCCAUCUACCGGUACCUGCACGGUCUGUACCGAACCAAGCGCUUCGCUGUCAUGCCCACCGUCCUGCCCGGGUCCCUGUCCGCCGGGUUCCAGGCCCUGUCACGUGGCAUCGCUGCUCGCGGAAAUCGCGCGGCGCUGAUUCGCGCUUGGGGGCCUGUUGCGGACUUCAAGCACCAGCGCUUCCUGGAGUAUGCCGCGCUGUACCCCGAGUACCGCUUCCUGCUCAUCGGCGACAACGGACAGGGCGACCUCUCGGUGGGCGAGCGCCUGGUGCGCGCGAGCGCCGAGGCGGCCGCGUCAGGUGACGCGCGCGGCGGCCCCACGAUGGUGUGCGUGCUCCUGCACCGCGUGCAGGCAUCGGAGUAUACGUACUCGAACUACGCGGAUUUGCCGCUGAAGGAGCGCCAAAAGCGGUGGGAACGAGACAAGGUGUUGUUCUUUCGGACGUACGUGCACGCCGCCCUCCUCCUUGCCCGCAUGGAAGUGCUGCCAUUGCGCAGCCUGCGCAGAGUCUGGGAGGAGGCGUGGAAAGACUUCCGCGAGAUCACGGAUGAUGCCUCUGAGAUCCCGCACAGCCAUCGAGAGUACGAGAGGCUCCUGCGAAGAGACACGGCGGCCGCUGAACAGCACCUGGCAGCAUGCGAGGCUUCGAAUCCUUCCGAAAGGCAGGCCUGAACGGUCAAGUUAUAAUUGCAACGGCUGCCGACUGCAAUGUAUCACGGAAUCCCGUGCGCGCUGACGCGGGCGGCGAGCGGAUUUUGUGGUCUACUGUCGACCGCCUUCGCAAGAGCGAGAACCGUCGGGUAGAUGAUGCAAUACUCUCGGUCUCCUCGUGGAUAGUUGGCAAUGAUCAGCAUUUGGCAUUGCCAAACGCCUUGACUACAUCAGAUGAGGAUGCGGCUGGGCCUUAGCUGCUAAAACCAUACAUGUAUGAGUGAGUAAUGGGUGUUGUUGUUUGCAGCGGCUCCGCCCUGGCCUGGCCAAGUUGAGGUUCAGCUACGUCGCAAGCAAGCCAAACUUGAUUGUGGACAUUGUCAGCGAGCGCCGCAUCAUUCUGUUGCAGCUUUGAUCAUUUGAUUGGAUGUUUAAAUUCUUCAGGCU